ACAAUGACGUAAGUGUUUGCCUUAAGAUGAGACAGCAGAGCGAAACUUGGUUGACGUAGCCCAGCAACAUCGUAUCAAAGUUGAUUAGCUGUCAUUUUGGCUAAUUCGGGACCUAUUUUAUCUUAACGAUUACUUAAUAUAUAACCGUCGACAGGAGGAAAUAUAUUGUAUAUUUUUAUUUUUGGCUUCUGAGAGUCUUUAACGCAUGAAGCGCUCGUGAUCAACUGAUGCGUCUCAUAAACAAAGUUUCUUUGACGUCGUAGUAAAUAUAAUAGCACCUUGUGGUUCUCUAGAAGAGCAUAACGUCGUUAUAUCUGAAAACACGGACUUGUUAAUAAGCUGGUAAGAAGAUUAAAGCCAUGACGGGUAGAGAGGACGAGUAUGACUAUCUCUUUAAAGUGGUUCUGAUCGGCGACUCCGGUGUGGGCAAGAGUAACCUGCUCUCUCGCUUCACCCGCAAUGAGUUCAACCUGGAGAGCAAGAGCACCAUCGGGGUGGAGUUUGCCACACGCAGCAUCCAUGUGGAGGGCAAGAACGUCAAGGCCCAGAUCUGGGAUACGGCUGGACAGGAGAGAUACAGGGCCAUCACAUCAGCGUAUUACAGAGGUGCCGUAGGAGCCCUGCUGGUGUAUGACAUUGCCAAGCAUCUGACCUAUGAGAACGCCGAGCGCUGGCUGACAGAGCUGCAGGAUCAUGCUGACAGCAAUAUUGUCAUCAUGUUAGUAGGGAACAAAAGUGACCUGCGCCAUCUGAGGGCCGUUCCUAUGGAUGAAGCCAAAGCGUUUGCAGAGAAGCAUGGACUUUCUUUCCUGGAGACCUCAGCGCUGGACUCUUCUAAUGUUGAACUUGCCUUUCAGACCAUUCUUACAGAAAUCUACCGUAUCGUGUCCCAGAGGCAGAUGUCAGGGCGUGGUGAUGACGGCUUCUCCCCUAGCUCAAAAGUGGUUCCCAUUACCGUGCAGCCCACACAGAAUUCGGGCAAGCAGGGCGCCUGCUGUCAGAAUAACUGAGCUGCCGCAGCGCCACCAUGGGAUCCUGGGAACAUUUUGUUGGGCUGGGCUGGAAGGUUGACCAUGACCGUUGUAUUCCCUGCGCGUGAUGUACUUAACAUAUGUAACGGACUUGCUUAGUUAUGCCCAGAAUAAGUGAGUAAUAAUCUUCAAAAUUGGAGAACAAGAGAUGUUGAAAUUGAAUGGAUCAAGGAUUUUCUCAGAACUGAGAGGCCAUGCUUCUUGUUUCAGACUAAUUAGAAAUGAGCAGUUAGCUGGGACGCUCAGACGUGGCUGCUUUUUUUAUUUUAUUCCUGCACUUUUUGCCACAGAGUCUGCUUACAAACAAUGGGCUGAAGAACAAGAAAAAGUGCUUGGAAUGCAUAAUGCUUCUUAUAAGUACCUCUUGAAUGGUUUCUGAUCACAAUGGGGAUUCACUUGUGAAAUCAUAUUUUUUUUUCCUUUAGUGUGCCAGCGCAGAAGUAGUCUGACAUCUUUUCCAUGCAUCUCAACACCUGAGAAAUUCAAACUGCGGUCAUCAUAGUUCGCUCAAUUCUUACAUUGCAACGGCAUCUCUUGUAUUUAUUGAAUGCAAACAUGAUCUUGUUAUUCUGUGGUGUUUUUUUUUGUCAUGCUUUUAUCCAUCACUAGAUUAUUGAUCGGAAUUUCUCAAGGGUUUCUCCUUCCAGUCAUGGCACUCGUUUGUACAAGCGCUGGGAGUGUUUUCUGUGGAUCAGAGUAAUGUUAAUAGGUUAAGUUAAUGGCUGUAUGUGCUGUAGUGUUAAUAAGAGUAUAGUAUAUUCAGAUUUAGGGUUGGGAAUCGUUGACUAGUUCUUAAAUUAUCUGAUUAUUUCUAUGACACUUGAUUCGGUUAACGGUUCUUGAACUUAUGCAUUCUAAAUCUCUGCUAUUUUAUGCAUAAUGAAAAUAUGCAAAAUAGAACCACUUUAAAGUUUUUGUUGUGAUGAUGAUGCAACUUAUUUAUUCUCAGCUGUGCAUUAAAAUCAGCAUUGAACUUUCAGGCAUAUUUUUUUUUUUGUUACCAAUCAUUUAAAAGUAUAAAAAAACACCAUUUGUGGUAUACUUGUCACUUGCGUGGUGCUUUUUCUCCCCUAAAAAUUAUAUGAUAAUUUAUUAUUAUUGUUGUUAUUAUUAUAUUUAUGAUAUGAUUUGUUCCAUGUUUCAAACAUUCUUUAAUUUUUACUUCAAAUUACUAAAACUGAAGUAAGAUGCCAGAAUCAUAAGGAAAUAGUUCAUCCAAUCAUAUCGUCAUAUAAUUUACUCAAAUUAGGACACAAUUUUUGAUUUUGUGUGAACUAUUUCUUUAAAUCCCUACGAUUCCCAUCCCUACUUGGAGCACAGAUGCGGGUCAGAUGUUUUUUUUUGUCUGCUUUAUGACUUUAUUAUGAUGGAAAUUUGCAUGAUUAGUUUUGCUUUAGCUGGUUUCUGGGUGUUGUCUUUGGCUAAUAGCUUUUUUUCUGCUUGGAAAAUGAGCGGCAGGUGGUAUGCAGUUCACUAAGAGGAGCUUCUAUGAUUGGGUACAUUGACCAUAUUAUAUUGCAAGGCAGGGGAACUGAUGGCUUGUGAUGUACUGCUGAGGUUUUCUUACUGGAAGUGAAUUCCUCGCUGGCCACCCUUGUUAUCUGCUACAUGUAACCCGAAGAGCAGCAGGUCUCUUGAGAUCUCACUCUCUGUCCUGGCUUUUCUGUCUUCUAUGGCUUUUGGUGUGGUUUUAUCUUUGCAUAUGUGUUCUGUGGCGUUUAGAUCCUCCUCGCCUCAGGACGGGACAGCUGGGGUCGUGUUUUCGGCUUCAUGUCUUGUCAUUUGUUUAAAGACACGAGGUGCUUCCCUAAAUGCCUUGCCUGUAAGAUUUAUGCUAAUGCCAUCAAUCUGUUAUUUUGAAUAUCAGCCGUUUAGCUGGAGUCGUUGAUAAUUACUGUUUUGGGAAGAUUCUGUCAUCGUGCCUGUUCUUUUCCCAGUGGGACUCCUAAAUAAAGGCUCUGAAUACUGCAAA